GCGCAGUUAGACCGCAAUCACAACGCCAAACUCAAACAUCUAAAUAUUUUCAUUUAAGGGAAGAUAUUUGAACGUCAGGGAAUGCUGUAUGACUUUUGAUAUGUUUGUUAUUUCGCUAGCUAGCUUGCUAGGUGGCUGGCUAGCACUGAAAAUGAGAAAAUCACAGUAACACAGGAGUGGUGGACGGCACUAUUUUUCAGUGUUUCAGCCUCCUGAUGGUGUGGGGCAUUGUUAUGAACCGGGUUAAUAGCUUCCAGAGUGGUGUGCUGGCCCAGCGAAGGCGCACAGCUCUGGGGAUCAUCGUUUUACUGCUUGUCGAUGUUAUCUGGGUGGCCUCCUCGGAGCUUACCUUGUACAUAUUCAAGCACGAGGAGUACAACAAACCAUUCUUCAGCACUUUUGCCAAGACAUCCAUGUUCAUCCUGUACCUGCUGGGAUUUCUGGUGUGGAAGCCUUGGAGGCAGCAGUGCUCUGGCAGAUUCCGGGGCAGGACGAAAGCCUUUUUUGCUGAUGGAGAGGCCUAUCUAACAGCUUGUCCUACAGACCACAGUUUGAACAAUUCUUUAAGUGAACCACUCUAUGUUCCUCUGAAGUUUCAAGAUGUUUCAACAGAACCAAGCAGCAAUUCCAGUGGUAACUGUGAAAGAUCCCCUAAAAAGCACCGUGUUCGAUUUAGCAAUAUCAUGGAGGUUCGGCAGUUGCCCUCCACACAAGCUCUUGAAGCAAAACUGUCUCGGAUGUCCUACCCAGCUGCCAAAGAUCACGAGACCUUGCUGAAAACGGUCGACAAGCUUACUGUGAUUGAGGUUGCCAAAAUUAGUUUUUUAUUUUUCUUUGUUUGGUUCCUGGCCAACUUAUCCUACCAAGAAGCUCUAUCCGAUACACAGGUGGCCAUAGUGAACAUUUUAUCAUCAACUUCAGGUCUUUUCACACUGAUUUUGGCUGCCAUAUUUCCAAGCAACAGUAGUGACAGGUUUACAUUGUCAAAGUUUUUAGCAGUUUUACUGAGCAUUGGAGGUGUGACUCUGGUGAGCUUCUCCACAUCUGACAGCUCUGAUGGAAAUGCUGCUCUAGGAAUUAUUUGGUCUCUGGCAGGAGCCAUCCUCUAUGCUGUUUAUAUUGUGGUGAUCAAACGGAAAGUUGAGCGGGAGGAUAGACUGGACAUACCCAUGUUCUUUGGCUUCGUGGGGCUCUUCAACCUGUUCCUGCUGUGGCCGGGUUUCCUUUUGCUGCACUACGCAGGCCUUGAGCUCUUUGAGUUACCCAGCAAGCUGGUGUGUAUGUAUAUCAUCAUCAACGGACUGAUCGGAACAGUGCUCUCUGAAUUUCUAUGGCUGUGGGGUUGUUUCCUCACCUCAUCACUGAUAGGCACCCUUGCACUGAGCCUUACAAUACCAUUGUCAGUUAUAGCUGAUAUGUGUAUUCAGAAGGUACAAUUUUCCUGGCUGUUUUUUGCCGGAGCAAUCCCAGUCUUUCUGUCAUUCUUCAUUGCAACCUUUUUAAACAACUACAAUAACUGGGAUCCAGUUAUGAUUGGACUGCGUAGAGUGUUCGCUUUCCUCUGCCGAAAACACCGUAUACAAAGGCUUCCAGAGGACAGUGAACAGUGUGAGAGUCUAAUUCCCCUACAUUCUGUCUCCAAAGAUGAGAGAACUCAUGAGUUGACAGCCAGUCAUUAGUUGAUGACAUGACAAUUUCAGAGUACCUGAAAGGAAUAAAUUUUUUGUAUCUCUGUUUCUUCUCAUCGGCAAGAUAAGAGAUUUUUUUAUAUAUAUAUAAUUAUACAAUUUGUCAUAUGGACUGUGUUUCUAGUAUAUUGGUCAGAGAUAGCUGGCCUGUCAGUGUUUUUCAAUGUAACAAUCAAAGCACUAGACAUACCACUUUUAGUAGAGAGAAUCACAAAAAAAAUAUUCCAACCCUUGUGAAUGAAUAGCAUUUUUCACUGGAUGUGAAUUAUGAAUGGCUGUUUGCAAAUAUUUGGAUUUGCAACAUAUUCUGAAAUCUCUGCAUUCAUCUCAGUUGUAAAUGGUGUACACAUGUACACUAUGUAAAAAUGUAUUAUGAAAUAAAGUAAGGUUAUUGUGUUGUCA